AUGAGCUCGCAGUUCCCUUCGUCCCCAUAUAGGACAGUGGAGUUACACGUAAAGAAUUCCUUUUCUUCACCUACUUUCAACCAGCAACCCAAUUGCUCCCCUUCUAAUCUUGAAAAAGCUGGUAAAGCUGCACUAGAACCUUUUGGAAAUGUCGGAAAAGUUAGCUAUCCAACUCCUUUUCCUUCUUCUAGUAUAGGAAGGGUUUCAUCUCCAGUCAGGUCAAGUAAGGUUAACGCCAUUCCCUCAUCCCCAGCCUUCCCUAAUGAGUGGGCAGAAACGUCACCCAGGCUGUCUUCUAAGCUCUCUUCUCCUUCAAAGCACAUUAAAGUCAUCAACACUGAAUUAGAUCCCAGCAAAAUUAGCAGCAUUACUGUUGGGCGCAAUAGUUCACAGUGUGAUGUUACGCUCUCUAAGAAUAAAUUUAUAUCCAGACUACAUGCUAGUAUAUCUUAUCUACCACAAUCUGAUGAAGUGAAGAUCCACUGCUUCAGUAUGAACGGAUUGAUUGUUAUUUGCCCUAAGAAGUUUGAUUGCUAUCUAUUGAGAGAUGCAAUGGACAAUAACAAUAAAGCCUAUAGGCUUGCUCCCAGGUUUUCUCGCCAAAUUUGUGUUAAGGAGAUUCAAGAAGAGAGAGAAUCUAUUAAUUUUACUUUGGAAGAAGGUGAUACAGUUUAUAUGCCAUAUUGUAAGGGCAUCAUGUUAGAUUUUAGGCAAGUUUUACUUCGCAUAUCGUUGAAAGAGGAAAAACCUUCGUCAGAGUUUACAAGACCAGAAAAAACAGUUGAGGGUAAUUGUGAGACGAAACAUAUGGGAGGUAUAAGGAAGCAUCCAUUGAUAUUCACUGAAAGUUCGUUCGACAGACCCAAGAAAGUGCUAAAGGAUACUAACAAAUUCUCGAAUGAUAAUGAUUCUUGUGUUGCAGAAAGGAUGCUGAACCAUUUCUUACACUCUAAAUCGUCUCCACUUUCGUCAGUGUCUUCUGCUGAUCAAGGUGAACAGAACAUAGCACAGAAUUUAUUACCAUACGACAGAGUCCCCAUGAUCAUGAAAAAACCAAAGGUGAACAAGAGGGUUUUACCCUCAAGGCCAAAAAAAUCAGUGAAAGAGAAUUUGGAAGAAUUAUCCCGAAGAAAUGUUGAUGUCGAACAUUUACAACAUAUUUUGACUAACCACUUAGCUUUUGCAAACGUUCAACAGACGCCAUUAUUUCAGUUACAACAGGUGAAUUCACAAAUAUCGGGAUUAUCAAGAGAUGAAUUACGUUCGAUUUUGAGCGACGCGAAAUGUGUCGGAGUCAUUUAUCGUCACGGUAAGGACGCCGCUGGUAAACCAUUAGACGAAGAGUAUUUUUAUGACUUAGAAAACGAUGAUGAUUACGAAAGAAGAAACUUGGUAAGUUCCUUGAAAGGUGGUAGAACCGGGUUAAGGUCUUGCAGAAGAACACAUAAGCAGUACUUUUGGAAGAAGCCAACGAAAUAA